CAAUAACAUAAAAAUUAUAAUUUACAAAUUAUAUCUAACCAGGCAUAUAAUUAUAACCAAUUACACCUAAGUUUUUAAACAGUGAUAAACUAUUUUAUUGAACGUUGUUAUUCAAGUCAUUAUCUGUAUAAAAAAUGGCGAGAAAUGCGGAGAAGGCUAUGACCACUCUUGCUCGAUGGAGAGCUGCACAAAGUAACGAAGGAGCCAGAAAGGAACAAGAAAGGAGGCCGUAUUUAGCUUCCGAAUGUAGAGAUUUGAGGAAAGCAGAGAAGUGGAGAAUGCAAAUAAUUAGAGAAAUUGCAAAGAAGGUUGCACAGAUUCAAAACGCAGGUCUAGGAGAAUUUCGUAUCCGAGAUUUGAACGACGAGAUUAAUAAAUUGCUGAGGGAGAAACGACAUUGGGAGGCUCAAAUAAAAGAAUUAGGCGGGCCUGAUUAUUCCAGAGUAGGACCACGUAUGCUAGAUCACGAAGGUCGUGAGGUGCCUGGCAAUCGUGGUUACAAAUAUUUUGGAGCAGCGAAAGAGCUACCAGGUGUUAGAGAAUUGUUUGAGCAAGAACCACCGCCUCCGCCUCGCAAAACACGCGCUGAAUUAAUGAAGGACAUCGAUGCUGAUUAUUAUGGGUAUAGAGACGACGACGAUGGAAUUUUGCUGCCUUUGGAACAAAAAGCUGAACAAGAAGCACGAGAAAGAGCGAUGCAAGAGUGGCUGGCGCAAAACGAAAAAGAGCCAGAAAUGGAAGAAGAGAUCGAGACAACUGCACAAAAAGCAAUACCAUCGCAACAAGAUAUUCAGGAGGCGUUACUUGCAAGAAAAAAACAAGAACUAUUAGAGAAAUAUGUACUUUGACAAAUUUUAUUCUUUUUUCUUUAUGCAUUCGGUAACAACUAUUUAUAAGUUUAUUCGUUUAAUUUAAUAUUAGAGUACACUUUUAUAAAACGCGACAGAUAUAAUAAUUAUUAUUAAUUUAUAAGUAAUAACAUUGAUUAAGGUAAUUAUUUUGUGCAGUAGACGUUCAAACUUCAAUUAAUACUUAUCGAGAAAGAGUGCUGUAGAUAAAAUAUAGAUAAAAAUCCAA